CUGCCGGCCCUCUCUCGCGGCUGUCGGCCCUCUCUCGGUGCUGCCGCGGCUGGGGCUCGGUGUCCCCGGGCACGGUGCCUCUGUCCGUGCCUGGGCGCUGCCCGGUGGGGAGCGGGGUGCGGGCGGUGCUGGUGCUGUUCUAUUCUAUUGCUGCCGCUGCUGGCUGCUGGCUGCGGGGGGGAAGCGGUGGCGCAGACGGCACUGGCGGCGGGGGAGGAGGAGGAGGAAGAGGAGGAGGAUCGCUUGCUCUCCCUCGCCGCCACGGGGGUGGUGCUGAGCUGCCUGGCCGCCGUGACAUGGCUGGUGCUGAAGCUGAGGCAGGGCGUCCUCAUGCUCGCCGUGACUAGCGCGGCCAAGACCACGUCCCUCGUCGCCUUGGAGAGGGUCCCGGCGUCCUGGCGGCCCUACCUGGCCUACCUGCUGGGGCUGCUGGGCAUCCUUCUGGCCGGCUACGCCGAGCGGCUGUGGCCCCCGCGGCGGGCCGCCCCGCUGGCCGAGCCUCCCGCCGCGCCCCCGGCCGUGGACGAAGCCCCCGUGCUCCGGCGGAGACGGCGGUCCAGCUCCAUGAUCUCCCCCGAGAUGUCGGGCGGCGGCGGCAGCGGCAGCAAGACGCACCGCAGGACCUCGCUGCCCUGCAUCCCCCGGGAGCAGCUCAUGGGGCAUUCUGAAUGGGAUCACAAACGAGGACUCAGAGGCUCACAGUCUUCUGGCACCAGUAUCACCGUGGAUAUUGCUGUGAUGGGAGAAGCCCACGGGCUCAUCACAGACCUGCUGGCCGACCCUUCACUGCCCCCUAACGUGUGCACCUCGCUGAGAACAGUGAGCAACCUGCUCAACACACAGCUAACCUUCCAGGCCAUCCACAAACCAAGGGUGAACCCCUUGGUGUCCUUCAGUGAGAACUACACCUGCUCUGACUCGGAGGAAUGUCCAGAGAAAGGAGAGAAACUAGCUAUUCCCAAGCGUUUACGGAGAAGUUUGCCUCCAGGGCUGCUGCGACGAGUGUCCUCCACCUGGACCACAACAACCUCAGCCACAGGACUGCCCACCCUGGAGCCAGCUCCAGUGAGGAGGGACCGCAGUGCCAGCAUCAAACCUCACGAGUCAUCUUCCUCCAGCUCUGACUCCUGGAACAGCUCCAUCCUAAUGACAAUCACCAAGAGCAGGUCCUUCUCCACCUCCUACGCCGUAUCCUCCACCAACCACCUGAAUACCAAAAGGCAGAGCCGCCAAGGUAUCCCACCAAAUAUUUCUCCUCUCACCUCCCCAUGCCAUUCACCAAUUCAGGGGACGCCUGCCACAAGUCCUACUGGGAAAACAUCUUCUGUGUCAUUUCCAGAGCCUACAGACACUGACACCAAGCAGGGCUUAAAGCCACACAAAGUCUUAACUUCUACUCAGAGUGCACCUACCCUGUCAGACCCUAUUAUCAGCCCCUCCAUCGUCUGCAGCAGCUGUGGCAGACCCUACAACCAAAUAGAAGCUGCUGAUGGAACACUAAAUAGAAAUGAUGCUACUACACACACCCUGAACAGAACAGAUGAUCCUGCCCAAGCCACGUCUGACUACGAGACCAACAACAGUGACAGCAGUGACAUCGUGCAGAACGACGACGACACCGACUGCUCCAAGGAGCAGCCACGGAAGGGAUCCAGCUGCAGGUCCUACACACCUGAGACCAUCAUCCUGCAUCCCCUGACACCACCUGAGGACAAGCCUGUACUGGCUCCUGAGCCUCUGGUUAUGGACAACUUGGAUCCCCUGAUGGAGCAGCUAAAUAGUUGGAACUUCCCAAUUUUUGAUUUGGUGGAAAAAAUUGGGAAGAAAUGUGGUCGGAUUCUCAGCCAGGUAUCAUACAGGCUUUUUGAAGACAUGGGGCUCUUUGAAACCUUUAAAAUACCAGUGAGGGAAUUUAUGAACUACUUUCAUGCCUUGGAGUGUGGAUACCGAGAGAUACCUUAUCACAACCGAAUCCACGCCACUGAUGUUCUGCACGCCGUGUGGUACCUCACAACCCAGCCCAUCCCAGGACUGCCAACCGUGAUCAGCGACCACGGCUCAGCCAGUGAUUCAGAUUCCGACAGUGGCAUCACUCACGGCCACAUGGGCUAUGUGUUUUCCAAGACAUACACACCUACAGAUGACAGUUAUGGAUGCCUGGCUGGCAACAUCCCUGCCCUGGAGCUGAUGGCUCUUUAUGUAGCUGCAGCUAUGCAUGAUUAUGACCACCCAGGAAGGACCAAUGCCUUCUUGGUAGCAACGAGUGCUCCUCAGGCAGUGCUGUACAACGACCGCUCCGUGCUGGAGAACCACCAUGCUGCUGCUGCCUGGAACCUCUUCAUGUCCAGGCCAGAGUACAACUUCCUGGUCAACCUGGACCACGUGGAGUUCAAGCAUUUCCGCUUCCUCGUCAUCGAGGCCAUCCUGGCUACUGACCUGAAGAAACACUUUGAUUUCGUUGCCAAAUUCAACACCAAGGUGAACAAUGAUGUUGGGAUUGACUGGACCAACGAGAACGACCGCUUGCUGGUUUGUCAGAUGUGCAUCAAACUGGCAGACAUCAACGGGCCUGCCAAAUGCAAAGACUUGCACCUGCAGUGGACAGAAGGCAUUGUCAAUGAGUUCUAUGAACAGGGUGAUGAGGAGGCCAGCCUGGGGCUGCCCAUCAGCCCCUUCAUGGACCGCUCUGCUCCGCAGCUGGCACACCUCCAGGAAUCCUUCAUCACCCACAUCGUGGGACCACUCUGCAACUCCUAUGACUCAGCAGGGCUGAUGCCAGGGAAGUGGAUAGAAGACAGUGAUGAAUCAGGAGACACUGAUGAACAGGAAGAGGAAGAAACAGCAGAAAUGGAAACUUGUGAAAAUGCCGGGUCCAGAAAGAAGAAAUUCAAGAGGAGGAAAAUCUACUGUCAGAUCACUCAGCACCUGCUUCAGAACCAUAAGAUGUGGCAGAAAGUGAUAGAGGAUGAGGAGAGGUUAGCUGGGUCCGAGAAGCAAGGCACGGAGCAAUCCCCACUGCACCAAUCUUCAGAACAAAUCCAGGCCAUCAGGGAAGAGGAGGAGGAGAAAGGGAAGGCCAAGAAGGACAAAGAGGAGAACACAACUGUAGAACCAAACCAAUGACAAUAUUUACAGCAGUAUUUUAGGACAGAUUGACUCGUGCACAGACUCUUUCUCAAGCCAGCACAGCAUUUAGACACAACACUGUAGAAGUAUUGGAUAAUGCGCCUACAGCUGUUCAAUUUGUUUCUCUUUCCUUUUUAUGGUGAAGUACAUUGUUUAAACUCCUAUGCUCAAGGAAGCUUUCACACUGCAACACCGGCUUUACAGACUUUCUUUGAAGAGAUUUGGGGGUGGGUGGAAUUAUAUAAAUAUAUACAUAUAGCCAGGGUUAUUGGCUGCACACUUCAGCAAAAUACCUUUAAUGAUAUAUUAUGGUCACUGUGAUAUUUACAGGAGAAACUUAUCUAAGGAAAUGCUGCUUCUGAAGCACAUUUGCAAUUAACAGUAAGGUACCAGUUAGGUAGCUUUUGCUCUUAAUGCUGAGGGAUAAAAGUUCCAAAGCUUCACAUGAGUGCUGAUAUAUCAUGCCAACACAUCUGUGUGAGUGAAGGGGUGUUUCCAAGUGUGAGUGGAUGUAAGGAAAUCCAGCAUGGGCUGAGUUCUUAUCACACUGUAGCACAUGUCCCAGCAUACCACAACAAACAGAAGGCCAGAAUUGUAGAGAAUCCGUGCCUGCAAGGGAACAAUUUCGAGGAGCUUUGCUUUCCCCUAGCCCUGCAGUCCCAGUUUGCACUCCAGCUGUGUGCAGCAGCCAUCCAGCUGUGGCCCAGGCUGUUGCUCUGGCCCUAACCAGCUGUGCCUCCUCCUGGGCACAAGGGAUGUGCCAGGAGGGUGAUUCCCAAAGGGAGCUGCACAGCAAGGUGUUCCUGCUCCUGCCUGUCCCUCUGCAGAUGUGAAGGGCUCAGCACCAUGCUGGGGCAGGAGAAAGGGUGCUGCAGGCACCCCCAGCCCCUGGGCAUCCAUGACCAAAUGUCUCAUUUCAGAACAAAGCUAAACUGCUGUGAGGGACAAGGGAAGCCUUCCUCAGAAAAAGGCAAAGGGUGCAUGAAGAGCUGCAUGAGGACAGGGGCCACUCCUGGCAUGUGGAUGUCCCACAGGUUGAGCUUCAGACAGCUUGGGGUUCAGGUGAGGUGCUGGAUGGGAGCAGUUUGUUGCUGGCAUUCUGCUUAGAAGCAGCAUGUUUGAUCCCACCAAUAUUUUUUUCCUUCUUUCUUCUUUUUAUUUUUUUAAGAGAAAGAAAAAGAUCAGGCCUGUAAGAACAGCAGAUCUUCUGUUGUUGUUUUGUUCAUUUGUUUUCUCUGUUGUUUAUGCUGUGAGCCAAAUGUCUAUUUAAAAGGUUGGGUAUUCACUUUCAAUAUUUUAUUUCACAAUAUAUUUGUCAAUGAUUAGCUAUCUAGAUGUAAAUAUGGAAAAAAUUUUAUGGGUUCCUGUAGAUAAUGAUAUCUUUAAGAAAAAAAAAAAGUAAAAGAAAAAAGGGAAAAGUUGUUUUGUAAAGAUAAUUUUUUUAAAAAUAAAUACAAAAACAUUUUUAUACAGUGUAGCCAUUUCCCAACCCCACUAAUAAAGUCAUGAGUAAUUUGUACAGACCCUUCUGGAAAACAGCGGUCUACAGGAUCAAGGCUUUAAAAUAUAAAUGCUCUUGGGGACUGGUAGCACCAACCAGUACCCCACAAUUUAGAGAUUUGUUCCCACAGGAAGAGUUAUAUAUAUAAACUUCAGUAUCUCUGAGAAAUCCUUUGACUUAUGUGUGCUUUUUCUGCUUUGAUUCUGCAGCCCAUUACCAAGAAGAGGGUUGCUUGUGAGAGUAGGAUUUCUUGUGAAAGGCAGUUUGUUGAAGUCCUUUCUGUAUUAAAUUUCUGACAUUACACCCAUCACUUUUUGCUAUUGUUACACAUUCACCAAAUUUCAUGAUCCUGUUGACACCUCCCAAAAUGUUGGAAAAUAUUCUCUAUCAAAGCCAAACGUGUGUUAUCACUUCAGAGUUCCUUCUUGCUUUGCAUUUCUGUCAGAAUGAGGUUUUGCUCAAAAGAGGAUUUUGGGUUUUUACUGCUUGCAUUUGCCUGAUAUUGUCCUGUCCUAGUCUUACCAACAGAAAAUGUGUUUGCCUCUCAGCAGAGUGGCUGGAGCAGGGUUCUGAAUGAUCUUAUCAACAGGAAUAUUUAGGAAGUGUUUUCUAAUGAAAUCAGGAAAACAAAGAUCCAAAUCACACUGCUAUUUUAAAGGGAAGGGACAUAGCAGAAUACAUUCAAAAGAAGAAAGCUGUCUUCAAGAUCUCAGCAAGUCUCAACCAGCUUGCAUUGUUUUCAUAUCUCUUCACUUUGAUCAUUUUAUUUGGGCUUUUCUUGUACAAGAGAUAUGCAUACCUUAGAGUAUGAGAAGGAUUUACUAUUUCUCAUUCUGUCCUUUAAAAAUUAAACUUGCAGAGAUGCUUUAAAAUAUCCCCUCUCCAAGAACUUCUUUCUGGAUUUUCAGUGCAUAAUCACUGCAACUCAAUUUUAAUACUGGCUUUUAUACUGCCUUUGCUGGAAGAUGAAAAAAUCUAUUACAGCAAGUGUUAGUGGAUGCCCAGUUGGUAAAAUUAUGAAGAAGAUUCAAGAAUGAGGCAAAAAUCCUGUAAGUAGGUUUUCACAUAUUCUUCUAAACUGGCAUUCAUAGGGUUGAAAAGAACAAAGAAUAACUAAGAAAAGUUAUCUAAGAAUGUGGUGAAAUAAAACCAUCAUAUUUUUUGGUUGGCAUUAAGUAAAAAUUACUGUCAGCUUGUAAUUUGGUUUUGUGCAUUGCCAAGGCAGCUGUUAGAAAUUGAUACACCACUGAUACCCAAGCCUGUUGAAGGGAACAGUCAUUGAACUGGACCUUUAUGGUGAAGGAAUUGCUGACAGACUUAAAAUGAGAAUGAUUGCUGUUUUUAUCCAAACUAGAAAGAAAUUCCAGAGAAGAAGCUGAAGUAACUGUGAGUGCUCAGCUUGGUAAGAGGUGACUUUUUUUUUCCCCCCCACUCCAUAGUAAUCCAGUUUGUGCAGAUGGCCCCUCCUUAUGAAUCUGAUUCUCAGUCUUUGACAUGCAUGUCUGGUAGGCAAUGAUCAGGCAAUCACCAGGUUGGCUUAGAUAUAACACAAAAGGAAACACCAAAGAGAUGAAUAUGAAACCUUUCCUUUUUUUUAGGGGGGUAGUGCUUUGGGAUUCAUAUAUAACAAAGUGGAUAAUUUAGGGGGCUUUAUAAUACUUUCUAAUCCAAAGGAGAAAAAUUUUCUCCUGCAGUUAUGGCAGUCUUUGGAAGCAUAUCUUGAAGGUUUUCCACUUAGUGUAGUCCUUUGGUCUUGCAAGCACCAAAUAAACCACAGUCUAGGAAAUAUUUUAGGAAGAAAAAACAAAUUAAAGAAAAUUAAUUGCAUUCAAUCAGCAAAAUACUCAUGUUUUGGGUGGGAUGUUUACAAUGUUGAUAUGAAUUCCUGGUAUAUAUACCAUAUGUACAGCAGUGUGCUAGAUACUAAAGAAAGCAACCCCCAUUUAAUCAGUGUUUUGCAGUGGCAAACCCAAAGUAUUUUAGUUUUCUGUUCUUUAAGAACAGGAAGAUAAAGGUUAGAUGAUUUUUUCCAUUUGGAUAUUUUGUGUUCCCCACUUUAAUGGCACUUGGUGUCUGAUCCUGUUCUCUUCUAGUCUAGAAGUUUGCCCGAAAUAGGAGGAUUGUGCAGUCCUUGCAGCCCCCAGUGCAGUGACAGAAGGAUUCUGUGUCACAUAGCAAGCACAUGUAAACACUUUUGUCCCUAUAUUGGCACUUUUGUUGGUAGCCACAUAGUGUUUAUCAUGGAAUAUAACUUCUCUCAUUACACUUGUGUUGCAGAGGGAACAUGUGGGAGUGUGAAAACCCCAAAGUAUUUAAUUCCCUUUUCUUAUAGGAGGAGUGUAAGAGACUAGCUUCUAAGAUACCAAAUAUGCUGUGUCUAAAAACAAUAGUUUCCACCAUGUUCAAAGAACCAUAGUUAACUGUGCUCUGUAUUUAUGCUCUAAUUCUAAAAUCUUGGUUAGUUUUUAGCUAGUGUGCAGAGCAUUUUGACACAUCUGUGAAAAACAUCUACUUCUUCCAGCAGGAAAAUGGUGUUUGAUGAGAUGUUGCAAGCUGUGCAUCAGAAAUGAGUGGCUAGAACCUAGGGAAAAGGGAUUUUGGAUGGCCUUCUUCUGUGAGUGAAAUGUUUUGCACAAAGCUGUGUCACCAAAGGCCUCUCCUGUGACAUCGUGCAGGGCUCUGGUUCUCACAGCAAACAUGGUCAGAUUAUGGCAGGAAAUGGUUCCCAGGGUAGAUGUAAUCUCAGAAUGCUUUUGUUCAUAAUGCAAGGAUAAUUUUCAUCAGUUUUUAUUCUAACAUCAUGUGUGAAGUCCUCUUUGCAUCAUCAUCAGCCUAAAGAUGGAUUUAGGUCUUUACCUUAGUGCACCACUGUUAGAAUUUCUUAAGAUCCUGGCCAUCUGAAAAUGGAAGAAAAUUAAGGCUAUAGAGGUUCAAGUAGAUGCUUUUAAAGGUACCAUUUGGCAUCUAAGCAAGUUUUGUUCCCAAGUCCAAUUCUGUGCAUUCCAUGCUGGACAAUAUGUUCACUUGUUUUCUUUAAAUUCUAAAUUUCUGUCUGCUUUAUCGCUAAUAUGUUUUUUUUUUCUUUCUGAAAUUCUGGCCCCAUCUUUCUUCAGAAAUGCCCUGGAAAGCAAAAUGCAGCGUGAAGAAGGCAAGGACCUUGCCAAAUUGAGCAUUAGUCAGUGGCAGAGCCUUUAAGGGCUCUAUCAGCAUCCAGUGCUGCUGAACUGUGAGCUGUCAGCAACCUGAGCCUAGCUGGACUUGGAAUCCUAGAGGAUUUUGUCAGUUUUCAAAAUUAACCCUAAGCAUUUUUGAAAACUUAGCCAUAAGUCUAAUGCAGCAAAAGGUUUGUGCUUGGUCCUGGUUUUUAAUGAAGGAUUUGUGCAAAGCCUAUGUAUGUCCUGUCAGAUCAGAGAAGAUCAUUAUUCCCAUUAAUUAGAGCGGGGGAAAUUUUUUUCCUGUUUUUCAGUGAAUCAACGAGUAAGAAUGUCUGGGAAUCUUGGAGAAAAAUACAUGCUAAAUACAUGAUUUUGAACAGGUGAAAGAAUAAUAGAAAUUAGAUGUCUUAAGAAACAUUGGAAGAGCUUGCCAAAUUAUUAUUGGAGUCAAACUUUGAUUUAGAGCAAAAUAGUACCAGUACUUUUGAAAGCAAUUUAGUAUGGUAAAUCUUUCUUUGAAUUUCAUCACCUUCUUUUAGCAAAACAACAUUCCUCUGCAGGUGAAUCAAAGCAGGGUUUAGCCCUUGCUGUGGUAGUUAUUGAGUCCCAAUGUUGGAGGGAGCAGUGUAAGAAUUAUUCUCCAUUUACAACUUAAUUAUGAUUUAUUCAGAGGCCAUUAGUGGGAUUUUCCUGGCAGGCAGGUGUGCUGGUGUAUUUCUGGAGAGCUCAUUUUCACAAUGACAAAAGGGGGCUGGAGCUGGUUAACAGUACUUCUUUGAUAAAACUGAAAUGGUGAGCACAGUGCAGUCUCAAACGCUGCCAGUGUCACCUGAGGUGUAUGCAGGCAUUCUCCCAAGUGCUUGCUUGUGUAAAACUGCUGCUCAGUUCAGGAAAAACCAGCUGGCCUUGGAUGAGGUCUGUCAGACUGAAGGAUGUAGUAAAUCAAGAAGAAAUUUUGGCUGAAGUUGUUUAAUUUUCCUCCAUUAAGGAAAACUUUGCUUGGUGCAAGAGAAGGAAAGCACAAAGAAUAUUUCACUUGAGCUUUCCAGGUUGCUAGUCAGUGCCAGCGGUUUCUUGCUUCCAAAGGUGUGCAUCUGAGAUGUGGGAAUGGGGCAGCAGAGGAGAGUUGCUCUGCCCUGGAAGCCACAGGGAGCCUUUGUGCUCUGGGGAGCACCUCUGAAAUCUGCAGGUGUGACAAGAGGUGCAUUCGAGCGCUGAACUAGUCAAGGAAACCCAAAUAUUUCUGUUUUCUGUCUGGAAGCAUAAAGGCAGGUAUACAGGACUUUGCCACAGCUGCAGGCCAUGUGUCCUUUUAUGACUGAAUCCUCCUCUUGUCUGAGGCAAAACCCACGGAAAUCAGAUCAAAUAAUAGCUUCAGUUUUCGACACUGUCUUCCUUUACUGCAGUGGACGCUUAGAAACAAUUGAUGUGAAUUAGCAACUGCUCUUUGCUUUUAAGUAUUUAUUUAAAGGAGUUGGGAGAUUUUUGGUUGUGCUUUUUUUGUCUCCUCUGACCCUAGUCGUUUUCCCCCCAUGCUUUCCUUAAAAAAUAUACAUAUAUAUUAAAAAAAUAAAAAAUUAAAGCUCUGUGAUCUAAUCAGAGAGAAAACAGUGAGCAGUUUGCCAUGUGUGUACAUACUGCUUUAGGUAGAAAGCCUGCUAGUCUGUUAAAUUUCCUUUUCAAAAUUCCUGCCUGAUCCUGAAACACAAUGAAAACCUGUAUUUGAAUGCAAAACGUUGAUUCAUACAUGUUUGUAAACCUUGAUACUGCAGAUGGUGUCCCAAAAGAUCAAAGGCAACCUUAAUAACUGCUAUGUGAUGUUGAUGAUAUCUUUAAUAUUUCAACCGUGUCAGCAUACUUUUGGUCAUUACUUUUCUAAAGUUAAGUCUUCUUCUCUUGAAUAAUCAAUAUCAGAUGUUUGCAUGAUGGAAAGUAAUUUAAGUUCACUUUUUAAAAAGCCGUGAUUCAUACUGUGGGUUACAUUUGUUUAACAGAUUAACUUUUUCACGAAUGGGUGGCAGUUUUCUUUUUUUUGUUGGUUUUUUUUUUUUUUUUUUUCUUUUUAGUGCUUUUGAUAGAAGAACAUCUAGGACAUUUUCCAACAAAAACACAUUUUUUCACCUGUGACUCCAGUUGUGGAAGAAAUACCUUCCAAAAAUAAUUAUUUUCCAAUACAGUUUGGCCUGUCUGGAUAACAAUAUGCAAGCAUGCAUAUCGUAUAGAAGAUGUGAUUGAAAAAGAUUAAAAAUCCCAUUUUGGUACAGUAAUUGAGAAAUUAACCUAGCAAGAUACAACCCUUUCUGAAUCAAAAUCUUGGGUGUGCCAAUAUAAGUUAGGCACUUGACCCCCACCAGAUUUGAGGGCCAAAUUAUACACAUUUUUUAUUUUGAAAUUGACAGCAACCAGACAAAGUUCUUUUACUUCAGGAAACACUGAGAAAUUUGGUUGUCUUACAUCCUGUCCUGUGAGGUUUGACUCCUGACCUGAAACCUCGGGGCAAAAUUAUUUUAAUGAUGCUUAUUCAGACUCAGCUAUAGUAGCAAGAUUCCACAAAUCACUUGUGUACUACAAAUUUAAUCCCUCCUUGAGUUUUUUUUUCACUUCAAAAGGUGAGAAAAAUGUGGGGGGAGUGCAAUUUUAUACGGCUCUAUUUGAAAAGGGUUUUGUGUACCUUUAUAAUUAUUUUGAAGCAAUAUUUUAAAAAAUAACUGCCAGCCAAAGUGGCAAUGCAGAAAAGUGCCAUCUUGUUUAGGAUUUGUACAUGCCAGUUUUUAACACAGUGUUCUUUUCACUAAGUACUACAUAUGUUAAUUUAUAUUUAUAUAUUGUCAAUAUUGUAACCAAGCUUCUCCUUUCUAAACCCUUCAGGAACAAGGCCUUGUAUUUUUAGGUGAUUUUCAUAAACAGAAUAAUUCUUUUCCUUUCACUAGUAUCUUGCACUCGAUACAUGUAGCAAUACUUAAUAUAUUCUCUUCACAAGUAUUUGUUAAGUGAUUUAGUUAAUGGCUGAUAAAUGUUUUGUACAAAAUAGAUUCUGUACAGGAAAAAAAUCUUUUAGAUAAACAUUAUUUAUUUUUACCAUUUUGUAAGUUAGACACUAUAAUGAAGCUCCUUUUUGCCAGAAUUACUGGAAGUGCCUCUUGGUAAAAUGUAUUAUAUAGUAAAUAUGUAUUCAAAAUUAUUAGAAAUACUUGUCACAAAAUGAACAAUGUGGAUGUUGCAAUGUGAAGACAAAUGUACAACAUAAAUAUAAUUCUGUGGUAUCCUG